ACAUCUUCUGAGAAAACAACUAUUCUAUAUAUGUAUUAAGUAGUCCUUUAUGCUUGUAAAGUAGAUUCUUUUUUAAUCAUUAUAUAGAGAAGUAUGUUGUAGGCAGGAUAUGAAUUCCAUUGAGAGGAAUGAAAAAAUAUUAGGUUCCAAUGACUCCAACGAAUGAAGCUCCUCAUAAAGUCGGAGAUCAUAUAUAUAUAUAGUCGUCUAUCGUUGAAGUUUAUUGAUGUGUAAGAUCCAUUUAACAAUAUUAUUUCUUUUUAUUAUCAAAUAUAAAAAACAAACAAACAAUACAAACGAAACUAUUCUACUAAUGAAUAUAUAAUAUUACAAAUAUAUCUUAUGAAUAUUCCUUUUAUAGAAUUUAUAGUUUUUCCUAGGUAAAAACAAAAAAGAUUUUUCUAAUCUAUUGAUAUUACUUCUUCUUUUUUUUUCAUUAGAAGAAAACUAAUAACUAAGCUUUAUUGAUAAAUCUUGAAAAAAAAAGAAACUUCUCAAAAUAACCUCAAUUGACAUAUUCUUUUCUGUUGACAACAAAAGUCUUUUUUCCGAAAUAGAAUAAAAUACAUAAUUGAUUGAUUACUUCUAACAAAAGAAUGAAUAUAACAAACGUAUAUAACUAAUAUUCUAUAUUAAUAAAUAUACUAUUGACAUCAAGAUAACAUCCUGUAUAAAUAAAAAGAAUAUUUAAAAACAAUUUUUCAUCUUUUUCUUCUAGUUUUGAUUUAAGUGAUGUUGCUUUUUGUUUAUUAUCACGUUUUAAUCAAACAUUUUUUCAUGUAUCACGUCAUCAUUCAUGUUCAUGUAAUGUUCAUUAUUUAUCUUAUAAUCCUAAUAUGUAUCAUGAUACAACAUAUUCAACAAUAAGAUAUCAUACAAAUUAUUUACGUUUAACACCAAUUUGUAUUCNGUAUUUCUGUCAUAUUAUCAUUUGUUAA